AUGACGGAAGAUCACAAAUCGCCGAAACUUCCAGUGGAAGGCAAACGCAACAUCCUCAUCACCAGCGCUUUGCCCUACGUCAACAACGUCCCUCAUCUCGGCAACAUCAUCGGAUGCGUGUUGAGUGCCGAUGUGUUUGCUCGGUACUGCCGGCUUAGGGGUUACAAUGUUAUUUACAUGUGUGGUACUGAUGAGUACGGGACUGCAACUGAAACUAAAGCAUUGGAAGAGAAUUGUUCUCCCAAACAAAUUUGUGACAAAUAUCAUGCUAUUCAUAAGGAGGUCUACGACUGGUUCAAUAUAAGUUUUGAUAAAUUUGGGCGGACCUCAUCUCCUGAGCAAACUGAAGCUUGCCAGUCAAUUUUCAAAAAGAUAUUUGAUAACAAAUGGCUGUCCGAGAGAACAGUGGAGCAGCUUUACUGUGAUACAUGCGAAAGGUUCUUAGCCGACCGGCUAGUGGAAGGUACCUGCCCAACUCCAGGCUGUGAGUAUGAUUCUGCUCGAGGAGACCAAUGUGACAAAUGUGGAAAGCUUCUGAAUCCGACAGAGUUGAAGAAUCCCAGGUGCAAGGUUUGUAAAAGUAGUCCCCGCCUUCGUGAUACAGACCACUUAUUUCUUGAGCUCCCUCUGUUGAAAGAUAAAUUGGAACAAUACAUCAACAAGAUGUCCGUGGACGGAUCAUGGAGCCAGAAUGCUAUUCAAAUAACAAAUGCAUGGCUCAGAAAUGGAUUAGAGCGACGUUGUAUUACCCGAGAUCUGAAGUGGGGGGUUCCUGUUCCGCAUGAAAAAUACAGUAACAAGGUUUUCUAUGUUUGGUUUGAUGCACCUAUUGGAUAUAUAUCAAUCACGGCAUGCUACACACCUGAUUGGGAGAAAUGGUGGAAAAACCCAGAGAAUGUGGAGUUGUUUCAGUUUAUGGGAAAGGACAACGUGCCAUUCCACACUGUAAUUUUUCCAUCUACCCUACUCGGAACCGGUGAAAAUUGGACAUUAAUGAAGACUAUUAGUGUUACUGAAUACUUGAAGUAUGAAUCAGGGAAGUUUUCCAAGAGCAAUGGCAUCGGAGUAUUCGGUAAUGAUGCGAAAGAUACUAAUAUUCCAGUUGAAGUAUGGAGAUAUUACUUGCUUACAAAUAGGCCUGAGGUAUCAGAUACAGAUUUUACAUGGCCUGACUUGCAAGCAAAAUUAAAUAGUGAGUUGCUGAACAAUUUGGGAAACUUCAUCAACCGAGUUUUGAGUUUCAUUGCCAAACCUGCAGGUCAAGGAUAUAAUUCCAUCAUUCCCACUGUUGCUGAUGAUGUAAGCGGUGACUCCCAUGAUCUAACUAAAAAAUUGGCCGAUAAAGUUUCUGCAUAUUUGGAUCAAUACAUAGAAGCAAUGGAGAAGGUUAAACUGAAGCAAGGAUUAAAAAUUGCAAUGAGCAUUUCCGGUGAGGGUAAUGCAUAUUUGCAGGAAACUGCUUUUUGGCGUCUUUACAAGGAAAACCAACCUCUCUGCGCCCUUGUUAUGAAAACUGCUGCUGGGAUUGCAUAUCUUCUUGCUUGUUUACUGGAACCUUUUAUGCCAUCUUUCACUCUUGAGGUAUUCAAGCAGCUCAAUUUGUCUGUAGAGACUCAUCUUUCACUUUCUGAUGAUAAAGAUGUUGAUAGAGUAAGAAGACCCUGGGAUAUCCUAAGUGCUGGUCAUAAAAUUGGAGCACCCAAGCCAUUGUUCAGGGAGCUGAAAGAUGAAGAGUUGGAAUUCUACAAGAAUAAGUUUGCAGGAAGUCAAGCUGAUAGGGUUGUACGUGCAGAGGCCGAAGCUGAGAAUGUGGCUGAGCAAUUGAAGAAAACAAAAGUUUCAGAUGGGAAAGGGAAGAAAAAGUCAUCAAAUGAAACCAAAAACAAGGCUGCUGCUGAACAGGAUAUUACCAUCACUAGGCUUGAUAUUCGGGUUGGUCUCAUAAAAAAGGCUGAAAAGCAUCCUGAUGCAGAUUCCUUGUACGUUGAAGAGAUUGAUGUUGGCGAAGAACAGCCAAGGACUGUUGUCAGUGGACUUGUCAAGUAUAUACCGGUUGAUGAAAUGCAGAACCGAAAGGUCUGUGUACUUUGUAACCUAAAGCCAGCAGCUAUGAGGGGCAUUAAAUCUCAAGCAAUGGUUCUUGCUGCCUCCAAUGAUGAUCACACCAAGGUUGAAUUGGUUGAACCACCCAGUUCUGCUUGUGUUGGAGAAAGAAUUACUUUCCCAGGGCAUGAAGGUAACCCCGAUGAACUCUUAAACCCGAAAAAGAAAGUUUGGGAGACGUUGCAAGUCGAUCUCCACAGUAAUGAAGAGCUAGUGGCGUGCUACAAAAAUAUCCCGCUUACCACCUCAGCCGGGGUUUGCAAGGUUUCAUCAAUAAGUUGUGGAUCAAUAAGGUAG